AUCGUUCGAUUUCGGGUAUCGCAUCCAACAAGCAAGGUGGCUGGCCAUAGUCAUAGUGUGAAGCUGACAGUGUUAGCACCACGCAAAAAAAACCCUUCCCCGAGCCGAGAAUGGUCGAGUGUUUCAUGUGCAGCUUAGGCUGGAUUGUAAAGUACUACCUGUACGCGUGGGUCGCCUGCUUUGGCAUCUUCGUAGCCCUCACCAUCUUCUCGAAGCUCGGCGAACGGGGUAAUAAGUUUAAGUACUACAGCAAGUAUGGCAUGAUUUACUUUGCGACCCAAUCGUUUACGACGCUGAUUGCACCGUUCUCGCUGCUCCGAGCACGCAACAUCGAUAAUUGCAGAAUCGUUGCCACCGUCAUAGCGCGCUGCUCGAAGAUUCUCGGCAUCACGUGGGAGCUCCGGAAUGCGCAGAUUCUACGCCAGGCGAAAGGUGCAAUCGUUCUCACGAACCAUCAGUCAUCGAUGGAUAUAUUGGGAAUGAUGAUACUGUGGGACAUUCUUUGGAAGGUCGUCCCGAUCGCCAAGCUGGAACUGCUCUUCCUCUUCCCAUUCGGACCGUCCGCCUGGCUUGCCGGGGUGCAGUACAUUAAUCGCAAAAAUCGUACCUCCGCCAUGAAGGUGUUCGAUCGCUGCAAGCGCAUGAUGACGGAGGACGGUGCGAAGAUGUACAUCUAUCCGGAGGGUACGCGGUAUCCCGAGCGGGGCAUGCUGCCGUUCAAGAAGGGUGCCUUCCACACGGCAAUCGAAGCGCAGGUCCCCAUCAUCCCGGUCGUCUUCUCGCACAUGUACUUCAUCCAGUCGAAGAAGCACAUCUUCGACGAUGGGCAUGUGAUUAUCGAUACGCUCGAGCCUAUACCGACGGUGGGCCUCACGAAAGCGGACCUGGAUCAGCUGAUCGAACGGACGCGCAACGCUAUGCUGGCACGGUACGAAGAGAUCAAUCGUGAGGUUGAUGCAGGGCUGAAGGACCCACAGUGGGUGCGGCAGGAUCGGCCAAGGUUUAAGGUGUACGAAGGUAAGAAGACAAACUGAAGGUCUGUUUUUGGUGGGUAGUUUGUAGCGGCCUUAAGGGACACAAAAUAAAAACCAAAUUCAAAACAAAACAAAAAAUCACUAA